CGCAUGCGCGCUCCCUCUAACGGGAGCGGAGACCAUUUCCUCCAGCAGUAGGCCUCGCGCAGCUCCGCCGCACACACACACGCCAGCGAACACGCACAUACGCGGAGUACGGACGGCCGUCGGGGCAAAGCCACGUUUGGGAUUGUCUGAGCUCUACGCCGCGAAAGCUGGAUGCCCCCCACUCGCAGGACGCAUCCUAAUGGGCCUUCACCGCUAAUUUGCAGCAACAUCUGCUCGACGCCGCAGCGCUAUCUUUGGGCGCAAACCCUGAUGUCCAGCAGAUUGAAUUUGUCAUUGGGUAGAACCAGCCAAGUUCCCACAGUCUGAUGGUACAAGCUGAACAGUGACCGCUACUUGCCUGAGGACACCUGCUGCCAAAUUCCCUUCAUCAUGUCUGGGAUCCAUGCACCAUGGUCGACUGGCACAGAGUGUGUAGCCAAGUACAACUUCCAGACUGCCAAUGAACAGGAUCUGCCCUUCUGUAAAGGAGACGUUCUUACCAUCAUCGGAGUGACCAGGGAUCCCAACUGGUAUAAAGCGAGGAACUCAGUGGGCAGAGAAGGCACCAUCCCAGCCAACUAUGUCCAGAAAAGGGAAGGAGUCAAGUCAGGCGGAAAACUCAGUUUGAUGCCCUGGUUUCAUGGGAAGAUAACUCGGGAGCAGGCGGAGCGGCUGCUCUACCCUCCAGAGACGGGUCUGUUCCUCGUCAGGGAGAGCACCAACUACCCUGGCGAUUACACCCUGUGCGUCAGCUGCGACGGCAAGGUGGAGCACUACCGCAUCAUCUACCACAACGGCAAGCUCACCAUCGACGAGGAGGAGUACUUCGAGAACCUCAUGCAGCUGGUGGAGCAUUACACCAAAGAUGCUGACGGCCUUUGUACCAGGCUGAUUAAACCCAAGUUGAUGGAGGGAACAGUGGCAGCACAAGACGAGUUCUCCAGGAGCGGCUGGGCCCUGAACCGCAAGGAACUCAAGCUCCUCCAGACAAUUGGCAAAGGGGAAUUUGGAGAUGUGAUGGUGGGAGACUACAGAGGGACCAAAGUGGCGGUCAAGUGCAUCAAAAACGAUGCCACAGCGCAGGCGUUCGUCGCCGAAGCCUCCGUCAUGACGCAACUGAGGCACAACAACCUGGUGCAGUUGUUGGGGGUGAUCGUGGAGGAGAGGGGCAGUCUCUACAUCGUUACAGAGUACAUGGCCAAGGGCAGCCUCGUGGACUACCUGCGCUCACGUGGACGGACCGUGCUCGGCGGCGAUUGCUUACUCAAGUUCUCGCUGGAUGUGUGUGAAGCCAUGGAGUACCUGGAGGCCAACAACUUCGUCCACAGAGAUCUGGCAGCUCGUAACGUGCUGGUGUCCGACGACAACAUCGCCAAGGUCAGCGACUUCGGCCUCACCAAGGAGGCGUCCUCCAUACAGGACACUGCCAAGCUUCCCGUCAAAUGGACCUCCCCCGAGGCGCUGAGAGAGAAGAGGUUUUCCACCAAGUCUGACGUGUGGAGUUACGGAAUCCUCCUGUGGGAGAUCUACUCGUUUGGGCGCGUGCCUUACCCUAGAAUUCCGCUGAAGGAGGUGGUGCCCCGGGUGGAGAAGGGGUACAAGAUGGACGCGCCCGACGGGUGCCCGCAGAUGGUGUACGACCUAAUGAAACAAUGCUGGACCCUGGACCCCGUGGUGCGGCCCUCCUUCCGCAUGUUGAGGGAGAAGCUGCAGCAUAUCAGAGCCAAGGAGCUCUACCUGUGAAGAGGAGGCGCAGGGGUUUGGGGGGGGCGUAUAAGGAGGAGGAGGGGGGAGAUGCAGCCCAGUAAAGCUGCAAAGUGGAAGGAGGAGGAAAGGAGAAGACAGGGACCACAGCCCCUCCCUCCUGUCUGUCCAGCCUGUUGACCCGCGGGACUGUCGCACCGGGCCCCCUCCCCGAACCUCCCCAUGCACCGCCAGGCGUCCUCUGCUUCCAUAUAAGGACGGUUUCCUGUUUGUGUUGUAUAGCUUUUGCCAGUUUACUCCCCUCUCGAUGGACCACUGCUCUUUCCUCCCUCUGUACCCGCUGCUUCUCAUUCGCUCUCUCCCUCUUUCUCGGUCCACGUCCCUCCUCUUCCUGUGGAUCCCUGUUUGUUUCUUCCAUUUUCCUCCUCCUCUCCUGAACACGGCAUUAACUGGAGGGGAGGCUGGCCUUUUCCUCCAUGUUUGUCAGGUGCUCCAGCCCCAUCAUUCCUGGACCUGUGUGUCACCAUGUUGCCCUGCAUGCCUUUCAGCCCAGAUCUCUGUCAUUCCAUCCUUUAUUUCUUUAAUCUCUCUCCCUUCGGCAUGGUGUCAGGUGUGGGGCCUUCGCUCUGUGCCAAAGUGCCUCCAGUCUACAGAGCUCCAGACUUCCCUUCAGCACUUGUUUUCAAUUGGACUAUUGUGGUUAGAUUUUUUUAAUUACUUUUUUAAGGAUUCUUUUUUUUAUUGCUUUGUUUUUUGUUUUUUUUUUGUUUUUCAGGGACUUUAUCAAACCAUUUUUUUAGCGCUGUCUCCUUCACCACCAGCGUCUCUUCAUUAGACUGGAUUUUUUUUUAUGGAUCAUGAACAGGAAGAGAGAGAAUUUGGGAGCCAACGUCUUUGUCCCAACCAAGACGGCUCAGAGGAGCAGUUGUGGUCGGGGGCAGGACAGUAACAGGAGGUGAAGGGGGAGAAGCAGUUCACAAACAUGGUCGAGUCAUUAUACAUGGGCUUGUUUUUUUUUUUUUAUAUCAAAAUAUAUUUAAAGGAAUAAAAAAACAACAAGGAUAAAACUGACUGUGGCAGACUCUGAGAAGCCGGGGGUCCCGGCGUUAGGAAUGUUUAGUGUCUCUGUGAACGCUGGGUCGCGGUGGUGCAUGCUGUGUGUGAGAGGCCUUGGGUUCAGUUGUCAGUGCUUUAUUGUUCAUUGUUUUAUUAUGCUAUCAUGAUUAUGAAUAAAUCAUUCCAUCUGAA